UUACUGACUAGUUGUGCAUCGGUUGAUAUUAUAGUUCGGUAAAUCUAUAAUUAUUGAUUUUUUUUUACAUUAAUUAAACAUUAAAAUCCGAUUAAUUUUUAAUUGGUUUAAUUGUUAAAUUAAUUACUUAUAUUUAAUUAAAAUUUACAAAAACAAUGGAUAUAGAAAUUCUUGAAGAAAUGCCAAGCGAAAUCGCCGAAUUUUUUUGUGAACAAGUACUAAAACGUGAUUGGCCAGACAGCAUGCAUGCAUAUUAUUUUAUAAAAAAUGGUUUUAAAUGGAACAAAAGUAAUGCACCAACAAGUUACAAAUUAUACUACGUUCCAAGUGAUAUUGAAAAUGGCACAUUUUUAGGUAUUCAAUACCAAGUUGGAAACCAAUAUCCUGUUAUAAUUGUUACGUAUACAUUUCCUGGUAAUGAAGAUAAUUAUAUAAGAAUUUUAAGUUCUACCAAACGUUUCAAUUGGCAGAGAACUCUUCUAUUUCAAGCAAACGUUGGAAGAAUGGUAGAUGUUAUUAAGACAACCAUCAAAACAAAGGGUUUAGAAAGUAAAUUAUAUGCUGAUAGUAUUCUUAAAUGGAUGCCCGCCAACGAAGCAGCUCAAUUAGAACUGAAAAUUCCAGACGAUGUUUUCAUAAGUCAGCUUAAUAAAAAUCAUGUAGAUUUUAUGUAUUCACAAUGGAAACACAGUGAUGUCUAUUCUAAAUCGGAUAUUGAAGAUUCAGUUAUUUACAAUUUUGGCUACGGAAUAUUCAGUAAAAAUAAUAACGAUCUGCUUGCAUGGGCCAUGUGUGGAAGUUAUGGUGGUUUAACUACUUUAGUUGUUCGAUCUGAUAAAAGAAAUAACGGAUUGGGUAAAUUAAUCACAAAAGCCGUCACUAAACAAAUGGGAUUAAGAGGAAUAUCACCACAUGCAAUAAUAAGUAGAUUUAACGAUAUAUCUCUUACUAUGUUUGAUAAAAUUGGCUAUAAUAGAAAAGAUCCGAUUCCUAUGCUGUACUUUAUAGUGGAAAGAUAUGAUAAUAUCCAGUCAAAAACCCAAAACUAACUAAAAUGAGAUCCACAGUUGAAUUUUAAUCAAUAAUUAUUAUUAUUGAUAUCAUUUUAAUAAAAUGAUUAAUAAUAAGCAUUUUUAUUUUAUUUCCUUGUAUAUAAUUAAGUUUAUUAGAAACUGGGUUAAUGGUCGACUAAAAGGUUUUCAUUACUUAAUUACUCGGUAAGUUGACGUGUAUAAAAUAUAAAUCAAAUAUCAAAGCAUAUUAAGUAACUCAUUUAUAAACCUUUAUUUAUAAAUAAGAUUGUAUUCAUAUUUAAAAUAAAUUUAAUAUAAGAUUGUAUAUAUUAUAACUCAAUUAUUUCCAGUGCUCGAAUUGGGGAGUGCGCAGGGGGACGUAGCUCCUCUACUUUUUUUAAAAUUUUUUUGCGCACCCCAACUACUUUUUUUUAUGAGGACGGUGGAAAAUACCACCUCUUUUUUUUUUUUAAAUAUUAGUAUGAUAAUGAAAUAUAAUUUAUUAAUAAAUACUAAAUAAAGUAAUGAGUAAAAAAAAAAAA